GUCAACACGAUUCCGAUGUACGUGACUUGUCGUGAUCACCGAGUAUCAUCGAAGUGACAUUACGUGAAAGUCAGCCGAGAUAGUGAUGUUCCGUUUUUUAUCACGGUCCAUCCGGAGAAAGGACGGAUUCAGAAUCUAAAAAGGAAGAAUCCGAUCGAGAGAAAAUUGGUUCGUCGACAUUACCCCGAGAGCCAGUGGAAAUUCUUAACCAUAGAUUGGAUAAUACUUGAAAAAUUAACCCUCGGAGAACAACGUCCUCAACGAAGACUCUGCACCAGCUGUGCCUCCGCGGAAGAUGGUUAUAAUACGUUUUCGUCCUCUACCUCGAUCGACCUGAAGAGAAAGACCUGGACGAAAGAUCUAAAUAAAUAGAAUCGAAGAAGGAGGGAUCCGAGGAUCCGCGAAUCGAUCCUCUCAGCCGUCGGCCGGUGAAUAUCACGGCGCGGCAACGGUUGUAGGUUGGAUGGUGCCGCGAGGAUUAAUCCUCGGCAGGACGACGACACGGGAGCCGGAGCCGGAGCCGGAGCCGGAACCGGAGCCGGAACAGCUACGCUUUUACGACUCUCCGCCGCCACGGAUGGACGCGAGCGUGUGCUGUCUGCCCGCCGGUGCCGCGGCCACCACGGGGGUUACGCAGCACCCUCAUCCGGCGUCUCUGCCCGGUUUACCGUCCGCCGUCGGUGUCCAGCCGCCGACGAUCCAGCCGUCCUACGUCGCUCAGUACGCCGCCGAUCAGAUAGUGCCCGAUCGGGCCCAGCCCGACGGACCCCUUGCGACGGUUCUCGGAUGCAACGCGCAGGAUAGCUGGCAGCAGAUCUCGUCAACGGGAUCCACUGGGAUCACCGGGAUCACUGGAGCUGUCACUGCCACUACCACCGCCUACAUCGACUACUCGUGGCUUCAGAUGCAGACGUCGGACCUGGACACUUUGCUGUGCAGGCAGGAUCUCGAUCGUCUGCAAAGAUUGGACGAGGAUGAAUCGGACGCGAGAGAUGUGCGGGAGCCGUCCGUGCACAUGGAGGACUUCUUCGAGGUCGGCGGACCUACGGCGGUGUGCCGACCACCGCAGGCCAGUUUCGUCUCCUCCAGGAGUCAGCCGACGGGCGCCGGUCAGGACGACGAUGUCUUCCUCAGGCCACCGCUCUGGGAGGAUAUCACGUCGAGUAUCCAAAAGUUGGAUCCGGAAAACGCGGAUAUGUUGGGCUCUCAAUCUCACAUAAAAAUGGAGACUGACGAUGUGACACCGCCGCCAGUUCUCUCCCCGGUGGAGAUCAAGACGGAACCGUUACCGCCACCGCCGACUUUGCAUCUCCUUGAGGGACCGGCCACAAAUUCCUCACAGAAUCCCUUUCCAAAUCCCUCUAGUGUUCAGCACGUCGUACACCAUCGGACGACGACGACAACAACGACGACAACGGCGGCGCUUUUCAAGAACUUUCCCAAUAGCAACAACAAUAAUAAUAAUAACAACAACAGCAGGACUGUUAAUAGUAAUAACACGAGCGGAAGUAAUGCCGGUAGCAAUAACGAUAACGGCAAUGGCGCCAACAGCAACAACAACAGCAACAACAAUGGCGGUAGCAAUAGUGAUUCGUCAACGACCAGUCAUCAUCAGCCGAGCGGCAACGCGACAUCGCCGCUCUACGGCUCGAUGACGAGGCUGAUGUAUAUUUCGCCACUGACGCCACCGAUCUCUGAUCCCAGCUCACCCAUCGGCGCCGGUCCACCUAGGCGGACACCGCCACCCCCGUAUCCCCAGCCGGGCCCGAUUCUGAAUCCAGCCCACAGGAUCCAACCGCCGUCGAUGUCGACCAAAUUUAACAGACGAAAUAAUCCGGAGUUGGAGAAACGCCGGGUGCACCACUGCGAUUUCAUAGGUUGUACGAAAGUCUACACAAAGAGUUCGCACCUGAAGGCCCAUCAGCGGAUACACACGGGCGAGAAACCGUAUCAGUGUCAAUGGCCGGAAUGCGAGUGGCGAUUCGCCAGGAGCGACGAAUUGACGCGGCAUUACCGCAAGCACACCGGGGCUAAGCCCUUUAAAUGCGCGGUCUGCGAGCGUUCCUUCGCCAGGAGCGAUCAUCUCGCGCUGCACAUGAAGCGGCACCUCCCGAAGCAGCACACCAAGUGAAGAGAGUACGAGAGUAUGGACAGAGAAAGAGAGAGAUCUUCUCUUUGCUUCCCGUUCGUUCUCGACUACCUGUGUUGGACGCGCGCUGCGUGGUUUUCGCCAUUCAGGCUUCGAGGCGCGGAGCUUUACGAAACUGUUAGUUGGAGAGCAUCGAGAGAGUUUAGA